AUGACCUAUGUAAAAAAUUAUGGCAAACCUGACCUAUUUAUCACUGUAACAUGUAAUCCAAACUGGGAAGAGAUUAAAACUAAUCUUCAUCCUAACGCACAGCCGCAAGACAGAUAUGACAUAGUCAAUAGGGUGUUUCAUUUGAAAAUUCAAAAACUAUUGACUCUCAUUAAUAAAGCUAAUAUAUUUGGUGAACCACGUUGUUUUAUGUAUACGGUCGAGUGGCAGAAACGUGGCUUACCACACAUUCAUCUUCUAUUAUGGCUUAAAAAUAAAAUAACACCAGACCAAAUUGACAAUGUGAUUUCAGCAGAGUUGCCAAACAAAGAAGAUGAUCCAUUAUUGUUCAACUCUGUAGUCAGACACAUGAUUCAUGUGGAGUUUUAA